AUGUCCAACAAGAGACCCCCGCAGGUCGGAUCCAUUCCAUCCGAUGGUGCGAAUUGCCAUUACCGUCUUGGACAUGGUGGUGGAUAUGUGACGCCUGGGAGUAUCCGUGGGAUCCAAGGGAUCCUGGAGACUUUGAACCACAUGUUCCUAGAGGACGCGGUGCAAGCACUUUCUGCCUUCCGAGCAUCGGGGAACAGGUUUCUGGUGACGAACAUCCACCGUGGUGCACCGAAUAAGCAGGGAGCGACCAAAGGUUCCUGCAGCACCACAGACUUUGGAACGCAGUGCAGCGUCCAACCCGUGGUGACGUCCGCUGGGACUCAAGCGCAAGUGACGUCUGCCAGCGCUUCCAUCCAGACGCAGAUGGCGGUGGAGUUGGAAAGCCGUGCCACUAGCACGGAGGUGAACCCCUCGGCACAUAAGUUGGGAGGCCCAGGAAACGAAGAGCCAAGCCGUGGCCAAGCCAAGUGGAGGUAUGUCACAGCAGCGCUGCUGGGCCUGGUCUUGGCAUUCAGUUUGGUGCAGAAGUACUUGUGCCAGAAGGAGCUGUUGCCUGAUGCCACUUUGCGGCGCCGCAGGCUCUUACCUGACAUUGGUGAAGAAGUUCGUCGAACGAAGAAACGCUUAGAUCGAGCGAGGAUUCGAUCUCAGAAGCAAAGAAGUUUGCUGGAGGAGGCAGGGCUGAGUUUCAGCUCAGGAGCUGGCUACGAGCGGCGAUUCUCGGCGACUGUCGCUUGGGCGCUGGCCGGUGCCUGCCUUCCGGGCAGGAGUUUUGCCUCUGCUAGUGAGACCGAUCCCUACAAGAUUCUCGGCGUGGACCGGAACGCAUCCCAGGAGGACAUUAAGAAAGCCUACAAGAAGCAGGCCAUGAAGUGGCAUCCAGACCGACAAGCGCCCGAGAAACGGGAGGAGGCGCAAAAACGCUUCAGCCAAGUGGCCAAUGCUUACGAGACCUUGACCGACGCCAAGAAGCGACAGGACUACGACAUGGGAGGCUUUCCAUCCCAUGGUGGUCCUGGCGGACCAACUGGGUACCCGGCCGGUGGCUACAACCAGGCAGCCGCAGAGGACCUUUUCCGACAGGUCUUUGGUUCUGGAGGGUUCCAGGAGCUCUUUUCGCAGCUCAACUUGUUGCAUCAGGGGAUGGCCCCGGGUGGACUGCGUCCAGGGACCAGAGUCAAGGUGGACAGCGACCGAAGAUUGGUCUUGAGAUCAUGUCGCAAUGCCAAGAUUGAUACCAGCAACGAUCACCUCAGGCUCCAAGCCCUGGGUAAAGAAGGCCGUGUGAUCAAGGUGGACCUCGAUGAUCAGACCGCUAAGAUCAAAGUGCAAGGUGUCGGUGAUGUUUGGUUUCCCAUGCAGGUCCUUCAGAUGGAUGCUUCCGAGGGCUUCGGAUCCUUCUUCUCUCAGAACAUGUCCCCCUUCAACAACACAACAGGCCCGCCGCAGGUGGAGCAGCGAAUCGUGCCGAGCCCCAGGUUGCCGUGUGAGCACGGCUGGUCUGGCACUGCGGUGGCGACCUACAUCCAGGACAAAGGCAUCACGGCGAAGGGGCACUACAACCUGCAGAACCUGGCGGCGCACUUCCUGGUGGCGACCGGUGGCUUCACCACCUACUGCAUCAUCCUGGUCUUCGUCUACGGCAUCUUCCUGAACGACCUCUACGCCUUCGACCUCAAGCUGCACUUCGUGGACCUCGAGCUGAACUACGUGGACAUCCUGCUGAACUCCGUGGGCUACAAGCCGUUGGACUUCGAGAUGCACCAGCCUCCUUCCUCAAGCGGAAGCAUACCGCUUCAGGAAUAUCGAAGAGAUAUUCCGCCUGGUUGGUCACCAGGGAAUCCAGCCUACCCGCUGAAGGAGUACUUCGAGAAGCUCAGGCUUUGGUACCGAGUAUGUGGCUUGGAGGACGAGCUCAUAGGGCCUAUGAUAGCUGGUCGCUUGUAUGGCCGUGCCUCCAAAGUGGCGAUGGCUCUGAGGGUGAGAAGGCCUGAUGGCACCUACGACGUGGGCGAUGCGGCGCUGGUCAGAUUGGCUGUGGACGAGGUGGUCGAUCCAAACACUGGCCAGGUGAUCCAAGCCCACAUUCCCAGCGGAGUUCAACACUUGGUUCAAGCUCUUCGCAAUGCCUUUGGCCAACAAGACCACGACAUGGCCACUCAGGCGCUGGAGAGGUUUUUCUCUCUCACGAGAGGAAAGAUGAGCCUUGCCGAGUAUGCGGUGGAGUUUGAUUCGAGGAUGGAUGAGGCUCACGACAGAGCCGGCCUUGUCAUGAACGAUGUGGCGAAGUUUUACCUGUUCUUCAAAGGUUCAGGUUUGAGCAACAAGGCCAUCGACGACAUCAAGCUCCAGGUCCAAGGAGAUCACAGUCGUUUUGCAGAUGCUCGAGCUUUAGCUUUGAGGUUGUCUCCAUCUCGACCCGAAGAACAUGGUGGCGACGUCUUCUAUGCGGACCAGGACGACUAUGACGAGACGGUCAACUAUGACGCCUGGUAUGACUCCUCCGAGAACUAUUGGUACGACGACUACUCCCAGGACUAUGGCUAUGACGAUGAAGGCAGCUGGCACUGGGAUGGAGAAGAGCUCUACUAUGGCGACAUGGAUGACUGGUAUGAUGAAGAUCAAGAAUGGCAAGAAGAAGGCUACCAAACCGCCCAUGAAGACUCCCUGGAGACGAACCCUGAGAACGCCGACGAGGUCAAGGAAGAGUACUACAAGGGGAAGAGCAAAGGCAAGGGCAACAACGAUGGUUGCUUUCGAUGUGGAAGCAAAUGGCACAUGGCCAGAGACUGUCCGAUGAACGACAAGGGCUAUGGCAAGUCUGGUGGAAAAGGAUCGAUGAAAGGCAAGUCAAAAGGAAAGAGCAAAGGUGGAUGGCGAUGGCGCCCCAACUACAAAGGAAGCUACAAGGGCAAAGGCAAAGGCAAGAAAGGUGGAUACAAGGGUUCCAAAGGCUAUGGCAAGACCAACUGGUACGUCCAUCGACCCCCUUUGGACGCCUACGAUGGAAUCCCUUCCAAUGUGCCGAGGCAAGACAACUCCGAGGAGUUCAACAUCCACACACCGCCUGAUGCAGAGGACUUCAUGAGCAUCCCGAGAUCUUCAACCAGGACAAGAUCUACUUCGGAUGGUCAUGGACAAGAACAUGGAGCUGUCAUGCCGGAGAAGCGCAUCCACGAGGCCUUCAGCUUUGCCUUCAACAACUACUACCAGGCCACGGACUAUUUCAUGGUCAGAGGACAGAAACGUCGAGGCCUGAUCAUUGAUCCAGGAGCUGCCAGCGGACUCAUCGGAUCAGAGACCCUUCGAGAUCUGGUGGCAACAUGUGUCAAGCCCUUCGGCAAGGAGAUCUCCAUCGAGAAGGACGUGACUUCACCGGUGAAGAUGAACUGUGUCAUCUUCAGCAACUACUUUUCCAACGGUGAUGGACUCCUCGCCAUGAACCACAAGGAGGAGCCACAGUCAUCGAGAUUGCUGAGAUUGCUGUUGACUGACAGCGGACACUACAUCCUUGCCAUCGACGGCAUUGACGAGACCAAGAUCACCAAGGACGUGCAAAAGGAGACCUACACGUUCUGCAGUCAAGUGCUCUCAAGCAGCAUCGAGAAAUGGCCAAAGUCCGAGAUCAAUCCCCGGUUGCUUCAUGUCUUCGCUGUGACGCAGGCAGGAGGGAACCGGUGUGAACAACAACAAUAUGAAUCACGUGAACAUCGUGAACAACAAGAAUCCUCCUCUACUGACGACAAGGACAAUGGCGACAAAGCUGCCAACAUCAUGGACAAGCCCGACAAGACUGACACCAAUGCGACAGUCCUCCAUGAAUCUGAUGGCAAGCUCAACUUGGACAAGAACAACCACGAUGCUGUCGAGUUGCCGAAGAUUGUCAAGAAGGUGCACUUCGACGAUGCGCAUCAGCCUGCCUCUUUGGAAGCAGCAUCCAACAACGUUGAAGAGCCCUCCAACAAGGAUGAGAAAGACUCCCUGGACAUCCACUACAAGGAGUCUGACUUUCCCAUCUACACCGAGGACAUGCUUCCUGAUGGAGCAGACCAUGUCAAGCUGAAGAAGCGCUACAAGGCGAUCAAAGAGGAGUUCUACACUCAAAGUGGUCACAGACCAGUGACACCUUCCAACUUUCGCAGUUGGAUGAACAAGUCCAAGGGCAGAAACAAGAGAUGGCACUUCUGGGAAAUCUUCAGUGGCUCAGGCAGACUCUCCCUGACGCUUUUGCUUUCAGGCUUAGCAGUUGGACCUCCAAUCGACAUGAGGUAUGGCUGGGACGUCAACAACACUUCUCAUCAAGCCAUGCUUCUGGAAGCCCAACGAGAGUUCAAGCCUGGCACUAUCCACUAUGCACCAGACUGUGCACCCUGGAGUGUGUCAUCAAGUUCCAAGGAUCCAGCACUACGACAUCAAGAUCGUCUUCAUGAUCUUCCAGCCUUGAAGUUUGUCCAGAACAGCUGUGAAGAACAAUCCCGAGAAGGACGCGGCUACACUGUGGAGCAGCCCUAUGGCAGUGCCAUGAUGGAUGAAGGCUUGCGCCUUGACCGCAUCCCUGACUGCAAGAAGAAACAACGAGUUGAUCAAUGCAUGCAUGGUGCAGUCAGCGAACUUGGUGAUCCUGUCCAGAAGGCAACAGCCCUGAUUGGCAACAUCAAGUACAACAAGACAGCUUUGAGGUGCAGUGGUCAUCAAGGUCAACCACAUGCUCAUCUACAAGGGCAGACUGGUGGUCACAAUCGCACCACUCUUGCUGCAGUGUACCCGAAACAGAUGUGCCAACGAAUGCGGCAGGACAUCAUCAAGUACCUCCACAACCGCGACCUCAUGCGGGUGAAGACCGAGAACUUCUAUGAGUGCGUUCGCUGUACCUUGGGACGCUUUUGCCCAAAAGGAAUUGACCACACUAUGAUUCCUGGACAAUGUCGACAUGGACGCUAUGCAGCUGGGACCAAUCCAAAGUUGAAGUCAACGUCAUCUGCGGCUGACCCCAUCACUGACUGGAAGAAGGCGGCAGACCGCGAAGCUUUGGAUGUUGUCCAACUCGACAACGAGCUUGACAAGGAGUUCAACGUCAAGGAGUCCCACUACCUGAAGAAGCUGCUCAUUGAAUCAGUGAACAACGCUCUUGGCCUGUUCACAGAAGCCUCCAACCGCAAGAUCGACUACACCCACUGGAUCGACAAUCCUGUGGCGAUUGCCUUGUUCAAGGAGCUUUUCAAAGAAGUCAUGCAGGUGAAAGCCAUCAAGGUUUUGCUGCGACCUUUCAGAAAAUCCUCAGCUGAACCACACCUUUCUAUGGCUUCUGGCUACCUGCGGCUGUUCAUCAUUGGCGAUGUGAAGCACUGGAAAGUUCUGAAGAUUGAAGACAUGAGAGAGCUCAGCUUCAGCCAGAUCAACGAGGCGAUAGAUGAGGAUGACUGGGUUCUGGUCUUGUAUGGUGUCGAACUUGAUUCAGCACAUGGACGAGCUGCACUAGCUCCAGUCAAGCCCAACUACAACUUGCGGCGAGUUCUUGAACGACUUCCCAAGUUGGUGGAUUCUGGUGACGUGACCACAGCCAAGAGACUGUUGGUCGGCCUUCAUGAACGACUUUGGCACACACCGGCAGGAGACUUUUGCAACCUCCUUCGCCGAGCUGGACUUCCUCAACCAGUGAUCACCCUUGCAGCUGAAGCAGUUCAAAGCUGCGUGGUGUGCCGGAAGUUUGUCAGAUUGCCAAAUCGUCCACAAGUACGAGCUGGAGGUGCAACCAUCUUCAACGAGACGGUUCAGUUCGACUUGUUCCACCUGGACGACGUCACAUACAUGAUCCUGCUGGAUGAAGCUACUCGCUUCAAGACCUGCUCAGUUCCUGAAGGACAAGAUGCACAACAGUUGCUGGCCUCUAUGCUUCAGAACUGGAUUCAGUUCUUUGGUCCACCUGCUCGACUUGUACUGGACCAACAAGCCUCUCUGAUGUCACAUGAAGCUGGAGGUGAAUUCGAACGGAUGAACAUCGUUCGAUGUCCCAGAGGAACGACUCAAGGACAAGGUGCAGAACAACACACUGGAACUGGCUUGGUUGAACGACAUGUUCAACUCACCAAGCUCACCAUCAUGAAGUUGAAAGCCGAGCUUCAACGCCAAGGUCUGAACCCAGAACCAGCUGAACUUGGAAUGGAAAGCGCUAUGGCGCACAACCAGACGAUCAACUAUGGAGGUGCCACACCAAGCAUGAGCGUCUUUGGCAUCCUUCCACGUGGGUUCUACAACCCUGAGACUCCAGGUCUUCUUUCCACUUUUGGCUCCAUGCAGAAGGACGUGACGGUGUUCGAACGCGCUAUGCGCAUCAGGCAGACUGCCUUGGCCCAGACACAUCAAGCGAUCAUCGAAGAUCGUGUCGCAAGAGCCAAUCGACAUCGUCCUCACCAGCUGGAGACUGACAAGCUCACCGCUGGAGUGUCUGAAGUGGAGUACUACAGAGAAGUUGCAGGAGAUCCUGGAUGGCGUGGCCCAGCACUUUUACUACGACUUGAUCAAGAUGAAGGUGUUGCUGUGAUCCAGUACCAGGGCAAGCCCUACUUGGUUUCUUUGAGACACAUCAGGCCCUAUGUUGGCAUGUUCCACUUUGAGAUGGUCAACGAACCUGUGGAGAACGAGCUCAACAACCUGAUGAAGUACGUGGAACACCUUUGCGAGUACAAGGCGAUGGAAUGGGCAGACAAGAUCUCCAAAGCCAUGACCAAGAAACCAUUGCAUGGCAUCAUCAUGGGACGAGCUCUCAAAACCUUCAAACCUCCCAACAACACGACUGGCAAGUUGGUGACAUGGAUUCAAGGUGGCAAGAACUACUCCGUGCAGGAGCACUUGAACGCGAACCACCUGAGAAUGAAGAAAAUCUCCAACUACACCAGGGAGGACCUCUGUAUCAUCUACUUCUACUACAACCUGGACAUCAAGGAGGAGAUCACCUACGACCCAAAGUCCAAGGAGAAGCCUGCGAAUGACCAAAAGCCAAAUGGCGAUGGUUCAGAGGAGAUGGACACAGAGAACGUUCCAAAGAAACGAGAUGAGCCAGAAGAUCCAGGACUACAAGAAUCUGAGAAGAAGAAGCAGAAGGUUGCGAUGGUGAAGAAGGACAUCAAGAAGGUGGCGAUUCUGCAGAAGGACAUCGAGUUCCUACGGAGCUUCUACACCAUCAACGCCAACACCAAGAUCAUCCUGGACUUCCCACUGGAAUGGAAGAUUGGCUACAGCAUCAUGCUGCCCACGGCCAAGAACUUUCUGACCCAAGAGUACCAACAUCGUCAACGACAAUGUGGACAUCUCUUCACCUUGGCCUACAAGACAUCCGGCGAUGCAACAGCAUGCCUGAGAACCGCUCAGAUCUUCAAGGUCGACGAGGAGACCAACAACAUCAACGAAGGUGACAUCACACCCGAUCUAUGGCAUUUGGUGGAUUCAGCCGAUCGAGCUGAAGUCAAGCAGUUUGUGGAGGAGAAAGCAUUCAAAAAGAUGCACAAGAGCAAGUUCACGGCCGAGAUGGUCAUCAUAGAUGCCAGAUGGGUUCGGAAGUGGAAAAGAUACCCAAAUGGCGAGUUGAAGGUGAAAUCAAGACUCUGUGCCAGAGGAUGUUUCGACUCCCAGAAAGACCUCUUGACGACGAGAUCUACCACUGCCACAAGAUUGAGCCAACGACUUCUUUUGAGUCAUGCUGCUCGAAAGCGCAGCCGAAGACUCGAGUCCAUCGACAUCGCUGGCGCCUUCCUGAAAGGUUUCUCUUUCUCCGAGAUUCAACGAGCUCUACGUGAAGCUGGAGUUGAUGCACCAAGCCGAGUGGUGGUACUUCUACCUCCCUUGAACGUCUUUCGUCACCUGAGUGACUUGAGCCCUGACUUCAAGGGGAUGACAGACCUCCAAGCUAUGGAGUACGGCUUACUCUGCGUCAAGCCGGUCUAUGGGUUGAAUGACGCCCCAUUGGCAUGGCAAUUGUGCCUGCACCAGUUUGUCAAGCAACAUGGUGGACACCCAUCACAUCUGGACGACUGCACUUUCUCUUGGAAAGGCCAACGACCAGAAGAACCAGAAGCUGAAUCAAUUGCCACGACACAUGUGGAUGACAUCGCUCUUUCUGGCGAGCAACCAUGGCUGGACCAUAUGCACCAGCUGUUCCUCAAGCGUUUUGGCAAGGUGACCAGACAGACCUUACCAUUUGUUCACUGUGGCUGCAAGUAUGAGAAAACGCCCACAGGCUACAAGGUCAGCCAACAAGAGUUUGCCAGCAAACUCCGACCUGUUCCAGUACCAGACCGAGAAGACACUUUAAAGCUGACCAAAGAAGAAGUAUCAACCUUUCGCUCAAUCCUUGGAGCACUUUUGUGGUUGACUGCCACACGCCUUGACAUCAUCGCAGAUGUAUCAGUUCUUCAAGCGAAGGUGACAGUGGCUGAGAUUCAACACCUCAAGCAAGCCAAUGACAUCCUGAUCAAAGUGGCGGAGUACAUCGAGGUUGGACUCCACUACAGGAUGAUGGAAGCCAAGCACAUCAGACUGGUGUGUAUUCACGAUGCUUCCUCUGCUGCUCAAGGACGAAGCUAUGCUCAAGAAGGUUUGCUGAUCGGUAUCAUGGAAGACAAGUUCCACGACGUCACUUUGGAAGCCGAGACUGAAUUUCAAGAUGGAGAAGGCGAACAUGGAGUGGAGAACCAUGGUGGAAUCUUCCACAUUCUUCAUGCCAGUGGAUCCAAGGCGAAAAGAAUUUCCUACAGCACUUCACAUGCUGAAACCUUGUCUAUGGUUGGUGGAAUGGAAGCCUCAACUAUGAUCAUGGUUAGACUGGCCGAACUACACCAUCCUGCCAAAGCUCCCACGAUCAAGCAGCUUGUGCAGAUUCAAGAAGCUGCCGAUCCUAAGAUCCCAAUGGACUUUUAUGGAGACUGCCGAGAUCUAUUUGAACUCAUCACUGGACGACGAACGCUGCCUCAAGACAAAUCGCAGCGCUUGUAUGUUUUGAGUUUGAAAGAAUCAAGAGUUUCUGGAAAACUGCGAAUGGCAACUUUGGUGCCUACAGAAGCUAUGACGGCUGACUCAUUGACCAAGCCGAUGGUUCAUGAUUGCAUGCUACUUUUGUUGACAACUGGAAUCGUCAGGUUUUUCAACGUGCCUGAUCACAAGGUGGUGACGAGAAUUCUCCCAGCACUGGAAGAGUACACAGAGCACGACCUUCACAAGUCCGAUGACGAGCUGAUGGACGACGUUGUCAAGGGCAUCAAACAGCCGAAGAUCAGUCAUGGAGCUGUUUUGCUGAGUUUGUUUUCACGAAGCAUGUUACCAAUGCUGGUGGCAACGUGUGCGAGUGGUGCAACGGCUCAAGAGUUUGACGAGACCUAUGUCCCUGACUCCAAUGCAGUUGCGAAGAACAACAGCAUCCCGAACUAUGCCAACUACUUCGGGGUCUACAUCUCCAUCUUCCUCACCGUGAUCCUCGCCGUGAACAUGGACAAGAUUCUGAAGUAUGUGACCUACAAGGUGACGAAGAAGCUCUACAGGCCUUUGCAGGCCGUGAAGGAGGAAGACACGACAGAAGCGAUGGAUGUGGACGAAGAAGGCGAUCCCGACAUGAUGGCGAAUCGCAUUGCUGCACUCAAGCGGAAGGUCAUGGAUGUGAACGCAGCAAAUCGUGCUGCCAAGAAGAAGAUCCAAGAUCAACAAGGAGAACUGGAUGAACUCAGAGAUGACCUACGCGAAGCCAAGACGGAGAUCACAUCAUGGAUAGACUGCGCCGACAACUACAGCGCCAAGACCAACAUGUGCCUGGCGGAUUCGGCGAGCUACAAGAGAGAUCUCCAAGAACUCAGAACCGAGCACGAGGAGCUGAAAGACAGGUACGACCAGGCCCAAAAUGACAUCAACCUGGAAGAGCAGGUGCGACGUCAACGUGAAAGAGGAGAUCAGCUUUGUGACAAGGUGGAUGAUAUACAAGGUGCGCUGCAGCACUCCAAGAAUGCCAACGCGAUGGCUGCACGAGCCAAUGCCAGCAAGGACGCGAAGAUUGCCGAGCUGACAGCUGCGCUGCAGACUGCGAAGCAACAGGCUCAAGCAGUCAGACCAAGCCGUGCUGCCGACCAGAACGAGGUGGCCGAGCUCACGCAGAAGAUCACCGACCUGACCAAGAAGAAUGAGGACUUGGACAGGGAGAAGAACGUCCUGAAGGCGACCUGCGAGCAGCGCGCCCGUGAGAUCCUUGGCCUAAGAGAGGCCAAUAGGGAGGCAAAAGCCCCUCCAACUGUGCAUAUCACGCGAGGUGGGUCAUGCUACCAUAGCGACGGUUGCAACCACCUGAGCCAUGCCGGUCAGCCAAGAGCUGUGGUAGAGUUGCGCAAAUGUCGCGACUGCUGGCCGUGA